GCCUGGCACACGCCCAGAUCCACGUUCAGCUUUGCCAGUGUCUUCAGGCCGCCAUGGCCCCUGAGCAGCCUUCUGCAAGGACACCGGCCUUGGUUGUGCAGAGGGCAGCCAGCUCCACGCAGGGCCACUGUUGUUGAGCUCCGGGUGCCUGUGCAGCUGCAGAGCUACUUUGCCGCAUGUGAGGACGAGACCCCUGCCAUCCGCAACCACGACAAGGUCCUGCAGCGCCUGUGCGAGCACCUGGACCACGCACUGCUGUACGGGCUGCAGGACCUCUCCUCUGGUUACUGGGUGCUUGUCGUGCAUUUCACCCGGAGAGAGGCCAUCAAGCAGAUUGAGGUGCUGCAGCACGUGGCCACCAACCUGGGGCGCAGCCGGGCCUGGCUGUACCUGGCCCUCAACGAGAACUCCCUGGAGAGCUACCUGCGUCUGUUCCAGGAGAACCUGGGCCUGCUGCAGAAGUACUACGUCAGGAACGCCCUGGUCUGCAGCCACGACCACCUGACGCUCUUCCUGACCUUGGUGUCUGGGCUGGAGUUCAUUCGGUUUGACCUGGAUCUGGAUGCCCCCUACUUGGACCUGGCCCCCUACAUGCCUGACUACUAUAAACCUCAGUACCUGCUGGACUUUGAAGACCGCCUUCCCAGCUCCGUGCAUGGCUCGGACAGCCUGUCCCUCAACUCCUUCAAUUCUGUCACCUCCACCAACCUGGAGUGGGAUGACAGUGCCAUCGCCCCAUCCAGCGAGGAUUAUGAUUUUGGAGAUGUGUUUCCAGCAGUGCCGUCUGUACCCAGCACAGACUGGGAAGAUGGAGACCUCACGGACACUGUCAGCGGCCCCCGCUCCACUGCUUCGGACCUGACCAGCAGCAAGGCGUCCACCAAGAGCCCCACCCAGCGCCACAACCCCUUCAGCGAGGAGCAGGCGGAGACCGUGUCCUCCUCCGACACCACCCCUGUGCACACCAGCUCUCAGGAGAAGGGGGGGUCCCAGGCCCUGGGCCUCCUGGACGCCUGCACAGAGCUGGAGGUCAUCAGGUCAGCAGGGAGGGGCCGGGGAGUUUACAAGUGUCCCCGCGUCUGCGUCCACUCCUGCCUCACUGUUGAGACCAGGGCGGGCGGGUGUCCCCUGAUGGUGGCGGAGCCCCUUUCUGCAGGCCGAGAAGCAGCCCUGCCAGCCCCAGGCAGACCUUGGAGCCAGAGGAGUCGGCAGCCUGUCCUCCUGCCGCCACCAGGACAAGGAGAGAGCGGUUUAAACAGCACCCUUUACUUCCCGAGGUUCUGGGGGCUCGGAGCGGGAGAUCAGGGUGCGGCAUGGGCCGUUCCCACGAGGGCCUCUUCCAGGUUCCAUGACAUCCACACGACUGUGUGCACAGGCAGAGCAGAGAAAGAGCUCUCUGGAGCUGCUCUUGCGUGGGCACAAGAGGGCUCCACCCUCGGGACCUCUCACCUCCAAAGGCCCCCACCUCCUGAUCCCAUCCAUGGGAAUUAUAGCUUCCACGUGGAAGUUCGGAGGGAAACAAACACUGGGACCAGGGCACGGCCCAAGCCCUGGAGGCUGGUCAGCAAGGAGCCUGUGCCCGAGCUCCAGCCCCAGCCUGAGCCUGGGACACAGGAGGCUCUUUGCCAGCUCAAGCAGGACCAGCCCAGCCCGUGCCUGAGCAGCGCUGAGGACUCUGGGGUAGAUGAGGGCCAGGGGAGCCCUUCCGAGGUGACACACGCCUCUGAGUUCAGAGUGGACAACAAUCACUUGCUCCUGCUGAUGAUCCACGUGUUUCGGGAAAACGAAGAGCAGCUCUUCAAAAUGAUCCGGAUGAGCACUGGGCACAUGGAGGGCAACCUGCAGCUGCUGUUCGUGCUGCUCACGGACUGCUACGUCUACCUGCUCCGGAAAGGGGCCACAGAGAAGCCAUACCUGGUGGAAGAGGCUGUUUCUUACAAUGAACUUGACUAUGUGUCGGUUGGCCUUGACCAGCAGACGGUGAGGCUGGUGUGCACCAAUCGCAGGAAGCAGUUUCUGCUGGACACAGCUGACGUGGCCUUGGCUGAGUUCUUCUUGGCCUCUCUGAAGUCAGCCAUGAUCAAGGGCUGCCGGGAACCACCCUACCCCAGCAUCCUGACCGAUGCCACCAUGGAGAAGCUGGCACUGGCCAAGUUCGUGGCCCAGGAAUCCAAGUGUGAGGCAUCCACUGUGACUGUGCACUUCUAUGGGCUUGUGCACUGGGAGGACCCCGCGGAUGAGUCUCUGGGCCCUGUCCCCUGCCGCUGCUCACCCCCUGAGGGUGCCAUCACCAAAGAAGGCAUGCUGCACUACAAGGCGGGCACCUCCUACCUGGGCAGGGAGCACUGGAAGACCUGCUUCGUAGUGCUCAGCAAUGGCAUCCUCUACCAGUACCCUGACCGCACCGACGUCAUUCCCUUGCUCUCCGUCAACAUGGGGGGGGAGCAGUGCGGUGGCUGCCGGAGAUCCAACACCACGGAUCGGCCCCACGCCUUCCAGGUCAUUCUCGCCGACCGGCCCUGCCUGGAGCUGAGCGCCGACAGCGAGGCCGAGAUGGCCGGCUGGAUGCAGCACCUCUGCCAGGCCGUGUCCAAGGGGGUCAUCCCCCAGGGAGUCGCCCCCAGCCCCUGCAUCCCCUGCUGCCUGGUGGUUGCCGAGGACCGCCUCUUCACGUGCCAUGAGGAUUGUCAAACCAGUUUCUUCCGCUCCCUGGGCAUGGCCAGACUGGCCGACAUCAGCGCCGUCUCCACUGAGCCAGGCAAGGAGUACUGCGUCCUGGAGUUCUCCCCGGAGGGCCCGCAGCCCCCUGCCCCCUGGGUCAUCUACCUGAGCUGCACUUCUGAGCUGGACCGGCUCCUGUCUGCACUGAGCUCCGGGUGGAGAGCCAUCUACCAGGUGGACCUCCCACACAAGACCAUCCAGGAAGCCUCCAACAAGCAGAAGUUUGAGGAUGCCCUGAGCCUCAUCCACAGCGCCUGGCAACGAAGUGAUAGCCUCUGCCGUGGCCGAGCCUCCCGGGACCCCUGGUGCUAAGGCAGCUGGGUGGUGUCCCAGGAAGUCGGGGAAGUGGAGGCAGGCUGACCAGCAGGCUCAGGGUCGAGGUCAUUGUGCUGCUUCGGAGCCAGGUCUCCACGCACGUUCUUAGCCCACUCCUGCCCCAGGUGGCAGAACCACCCAGCUUGAGGCAGGAUUGUCCGCUCCCAGGGAUCCAGAAUGUGCCCAACACACCUGGGUGUCCUGCCCAAUGGGUAGUGGCUAGAGGCUACUGGGGACAGAGGAUCUCUGAACCAGGCAGGUUCUGCAGACACAAGCUGUCCUCCCAGGGCAGGACCUCAGGAUGGUGACAAGAGGAAUGUCCAUCUACAGAGGAGUGGAAGGACCAGGAGGCGGGAGCUCCCCGCCCCAGGUCAGGGGCCUGGGCAGAGGCUCAGGGCCCCCGGGUCCUGAGUGCCCAGCCACCCUUGUUCAUUUUUGAACAUUCUCCUGGCUGUGCGGGGAAGCUGGAGCACCAGGUGUCUGCGCAUGCUCCCUCUCACUAACCUACCCCAUGCACAGCCGCCCGCCUCACAGAGCCCAGCCCAGGCCACCAGGCGCCCUGCAUGCCGUGGCCCUGACCACCUCCCCCACCUCAGCAGAGCCUGCAGAACCCAGGGAUCAGGUGGCUCCUUUGGCCAGGAGCAAAGAGGAGGGCGGGAGAGACUGGGAGAAGAGCAGGACCCACCACACGCUGAAUCUCCCAACUGUCCCCUGCUUGGCUGGGGCCUGGGGCUUCCUGAGCAUCUUUGUCCAGAGUCCUGGGGAAGGGGUCAGGUGGUGUGGGUUUUGUUUUUUUUAAAUAAAAUAGACAUGUUAUAUUGCCAA